AUGAGACCAAGCUGUGCCCUCCUGCUUCUUUCUCUGCUGGUUCUCUACAACACCAGCACUGCAGCUAUCUUCGAUCCAGAAGAUCUCAGUUGCAGAUGUAGAAGAGUAACAUCCAGCUUCAUCCAUCCCACGAGAUAUUCAAAAGUUAAGAUCAUUCUGCCUGGAAUCAGUUGCCGAAGGACUGAAAUAAUAAUCACAUUGAAGUCAAGAAAGACUCUGUGUGUCAACCCUGAAGCCAAGUGGGUGCAGGCUUUGCUGGCGGUCAUGUAA